CACCCGAGACACGCCCAUUGAACACGUCACUGGUCCUUGGCUGUGCCCGUUUGGUGCCGCCCGGUGUGUCCCGGUGUGUCUCCCCUUCCCCCGCCCGGUGUUUCACCAUGGCGGCUAGCGCUAAACGGAAGCAGGAGGAGAAGCACCUGAAGCUCCUGCGGGAAAUGACCAGUCUGCCACACAACCGCAAGUGCUUCGACUGUGAUCAGCGCGGCCCGACAUACGCCAACAUGACUGCGGGGGCCUUCGUGUGCACCUCCUGCUCCGGGAUCCUGCGAGGUUUGAAUCCACCUCAUAGAGUAAAAUCUAUCUCUAUGACCACGUUUACACAGCAAGAAAUAGAAUUCCUUCAGAAACAUGGCAAUGACGUGUGCAGACAGAUCUGGUUAGGAUUAUUCGAUGAUAGAUCUUCCGCUAUUCCCGACUUUAGAGACCCUCAAAAAGUGAAAGAAUUCCUUCAGGAAAAAUAUGAAAAGAAACGAUGGUAUGUACCUCCAGAGCAGGCAAGGGUGGUGGCCUCUGUCCAUGCUUCAAUUUCAGGGUCUUCUGCGAGCAGCACCAGUAGUACACCUGAGGUCAAACCAUUGAAAUCUUUGCUUGGGGACACUGCUACAUCACUGCAACUGAACAAAGGGACCCCCAGUCAGUCUCCUGUUGUGGCUCGAGGUCAGGUGCCGCAACAGCAUCAAGAGAAGAAACAGUUUGACCUUCUGAGUGACCUCGGUGGAGACAUCUUUGCUACCCCUGCUCCCCAGCAAGCUGCUACUGCUAAUUUUGCCAAUUUUGCAAAUUUCAAUAGUCACACAGUGCACAAUUCUUCACACGCAGACUUUGCAAACUUUGAUGCAUUCGGACAAACUAGUGGUGCAAGUAAUUUUGGAGCUUUUCCCCCAUCAAGUCAGAAUCCUACCCCGCCCUUAAACACAGCGUUCAGAACGCUCUUUUCCAGCUGCAGUUUUGGCGACUUUACGUCUGCUUUCUCUCUGCAGGCUACUCACCGAGCAAAUGCCAAUGCAAACUUCGCCCAGUUUGACAACUUUCCCAAGUCCUCAAGCACCGAUUUUGGAGCCUUCAAUUCAACUCCCCAUAGUGCAGUGGCCAGCAAAACCGCCGUGAACAAACCGACACAGCCCACAACGGAUAAAUAUGCAGCGCUUGCUGAUCUAGACAAUGUCUUCAGCGUUCCACAAACUGGUGGUCAAGGAGGCAGUUUCGGCAGUACAGCAGCCCCUGCAUCAUCUGGACCAGCUGUGCCCACUCAUUUAGACAAUAAACUACAAAAUCGGAAUCUUUCUUCCAGAAAUGUAUUUGGAUUGGGGUCAACAGUUCCAACAGCUCAUACACACUCACACACCCAUCCAUCUGCAUCCACAGCGGGACCCUUUGGAGCUCCUGCCUCAACAAACCCAUUUGUCUCACCCUCUGUUGCCACGGCAGUAAACCCAUUCCAGACCAAUGGCCGAAUACCUCCAGCAUCCUUUGGCACAGCAUCUCACAGCAUGCCUGCGGGUUUUAACACACCAGCAUCUUACAGUCUUCCUACCAGCUUCAGUGGCAAUUUUCACCAGCCAGCCUUCCCCCCACAGUCUGCAUUUCCCCAACAGACUGCAUUCUCUCAGCAGCCUAAUGGUGCAGCGUUUGGUGUAUUUGGCCAGGCAAAGUCUGUGGUAACUCCUUUUGGCCAGGUUGCAGCUCCUGGAGUCUCUAGUAAUCCUUUCAUGGCCGGGGCACCCUCGGGACAAUAUCCGUCUGGAAAUUCAUCGACGAACCCUUUCUUAUAGCCUUAGCCUAACACAGGAGCUCACUGGGUGUCACCUUACAUGUACUGCCUCUUGCACUGUUUGUCUUGUUUAACCAGCGUAAGCUUUAAACACAGGGAGUUCUUUUGGAGCCUGCAAUUAUAUAUAUAUUUUUUGUAUUUAUACAAAAAAGGCAGAGAAACAAGGAAAUGUGUGCAAUUGGAAAGACAUUUUCCAUUUAAUCGUUUCAAUGCUUCAAGAGUUUGGGACCUAUUGCAGAGCAAUGUUUUACAAACUAUUCAAGCAGUUGAAGGGGUUUGCCAGAGGCAUAUCAUGUUAUUGCAGAUUCCAUAUUCAUUAAGCUGCAGUACUGUAUAUAUAUUUUUUUUCUUAGGGACUAGGUAAUUAUUCAUAUCAGUAUUUCUAACUCUUAAUGCCACAUGCUGUUUGGGAGAACAGGAAUAAUGUUGGUUGAAGUCAUCCACCGUGUAAAUUAAACAAAAAUUGUUUUAAUGAUCUGGCUUUGAGUGGGAUUCCAAAAGCAAAUGUAAUUUGGCAGGUUUUAUUCAAUGAAGAUACAUUUUUAUUUUGCCCAAUAAAGCUAUCCCCACUUCUGUUUGCCUAAAUUCUCCACACUGAAGAGACUCAUGUCUGCAUAAUAAAGCUAAUACUGUUUUGCUAAGUUUGCAGGUGAAAAUAAAUAUUAAAAUAUUAGAAAA